GUUGCGAUCAUCACAUCGAAAUCAUGUCUGCCAAGAACGAGACGACUGAGGGUAAGGCGACGAAGAAGUUACUCCAGGAGUGGUGUGCGUCCUUGGGACAGAAUAAGAGCAAGAUCGAAUCUCAAAAACCCCAGGCUACUGAUACCAAGGUCAGCAAACAGCAGCGGUUCAAGAGAUAUAUAUGCAUAGGAAGGAGGGGGGGACGCGAAGUACAAAGCAUGCUCAACGAUCCAGUGAUCGCACAGAGCGCGUUCGUCAAAGGCUCCGACCCAGACUCUUCCAGAACCCGCAUCCAACACUCCAUAGACUUAAUCUUCACUUCCAUGACCGAGUCCGACAAACUCCUCCAAUCGCUCACAAACCCAUCCACGCAAUGCUUCCUCGUCCACCUCGCCUCCGACCUAAACACCCAAGGAUCCUUCCUCUCCAAGCUUCAUAAGCUACCAACCGAAGCCACCCAGCUAGAUGAAUUUGCGAGUCUCAGCUAUGCAUCCUCCUGGCUGCAGUCCAGCCUCAUCCUGAUCCGCGACUCCUACUCUUUCGGCUCAGCAGGACUGCAGAUGCCAUUUGUGCCCCUGGAAACUGAGUACCAGCCUGCACGUGCGAGGGCCAAGGUAUUACAACGACGGUAUCCAGGUGAGCAGGUUGUGAUCGCUACGCUAGAUCUUGUGGCACUGAGACAGGCAAAACGCGUAGCCUCAGCCGAACAUGCGUUCAAGAUGCUGAGAGUCCCGAUGGCGGGAGUCGACUUUUCACAGCGGCUGCUUGUGUGGGCUGAGGAUGGUAAAACUGGGGGUGUUGUGCAGGGUUUGCGGGAUGCGGUAUUGGCCGUUGGGGAAUGGACGGAGAAGGGGAACACUGACGAGACGGAGGACGCAGUUGGAACUAAGAGCAAGGCUGUUGCGACCGAGGGAGUUGCAGAGGAUGGUGCGAGCGGAAUGGGUCAGUCGAAGUCGCUCGACGACUGGGAGGCUGAACUUGGGCGAUUUGUUGGUGGUUGA